CUUCAAGCUUAAAUUGCAUAACUUUAUAAAUUACGUAAAUUUGCUUUAAAAAUAAUAAGUAAAGAUGUAGUAAAAAUAAGUAGAUGGCUUAAUCUACAUUCAACUCAGCUAGGAAUUGGCUGAAUCGUGGAUUCAUUUUCUUCCAUAAAUAAUGGUUUGGUCUUUAAAGUCAGUUUUGGUUACUGGUUCUAGUAGAGGUAUUGGUUUUGAGCUUGUAAAAAGAUUAACUAAAUCUGCUCAAGUUGUGUUUGCAUGCUGUCGUUCUCCUGAGACUUCUCAUGAUUUAAAAAACUUUGCAUCAAAUCAUGAUAAUGUGAAAGUUGUUGCACUUGAUGUAACAAACGAGGAUUCAAUUAAAAGUGCAUUUGAAGAAGUUUCAGCUUUACUUAAUGGCUCUGGGUUGACUUGUUUAAUCAAUAAUGCUGGAAUUCUCUAUCGUUCUUCAUUUGUAGAUUUUUCUGCAGAUAACUGCAAAGAAGUUUUUCUCACAAACUCAAUUGGACCAGCUCUUGUCACACAGAAAUUUCUUCCAUUGAUAAAAAAAGCAGCAACUGAAAGCACUGAGAAUGAAAUCAGUGUCUCUCGAGCUGCAAUCUUAAAUAUAUCAUCAACAUUAGGCUCAAUCUCUGAGGCUACAUUUUCAAGUCCUAUCGAAUAUAGAAUGUCAAAGGCUGCACUCAACAUGCUGACUAAAACAUUGGCGUUUGAAUUAAAAUCUGAAAAGAUUUUAGUCGCCUCUCUUUGCCCAGGUUGGGUUCAAACAGAUAUGGGUGGUCCUACUGCACAUCGUACUUUAGAUUUAGCAGGCUCUGAUUUAUUAGCUUUGUUUGAGAAGUUGAACGAAAGUAAUACUGGUUUAAUGACGCGUUGGAAUGGUCAAGUGGUCGAAGCUUAACUGUUUGUUUUUUAAUUUCACUCAAUGUUUUCAUCAAUGUAGAUUUCUUCAUUUUUUAAAUUUUUUUAUCAAUGUUCAAAAAGAUAACAAAUGUCUUUAUCAAA